GAAAGUGCCUACUGCGCUGCUUCCUUCUUUGCCAUGGCCUGAAGCGCACUUUGUGCACCUUGGGCCGGUAGUUCGAUGGUGCGUUUGCUGGUAUUGAGCUUGCUUGGCCUGGCAUCGGCGUUCUGCCGCAAGGCGGUGGACAGGGAAAAGCUGAAGCGAAUUAGUGCGGGAGGCCGGGAGUGGAGCUUCAAAUUGGCCUAUGGCAGCUGGAGCUCGCCGGGGCCUCCGGCCCACGUGCUGCGCUUGUUGCUGGAGGAGGAGAUGCAAGUGCACGUGACCCUGACACGGAUGUCAUCAAGCGCGGAGAUGCUGAAGCACGUGCUUGGGUGCACGGAUGGUGAUGGGAAGUUGUGGAGCAGUGAUACGAAUCCUGUGGAAGCUGAGUGCCGAGAUGAUCUACUGCAGGAGCCGCCACUGGAAGCCUGGGCCGCAGUGGAGGUGUGGCGCACCACGAGCCAGAGCAAACUGCUGCUGCGCCAGCUGGGUACAGGCCUCACCAUGGGAUACCAGACCUUCCCAGGCCUUUAUGCGCAGCAGACGGUCAUUGACGAGGGCCUGCAGGGCAAAGUGCUGUUGCGAUGGUGGGAGAGCUACGCGAAGCACUUGGGCGCCGACCAAUAUUUCUCCUCGGUCAAGGAGCUUGACCAGGCCAUGUACAACCUGAGCUUUGCCGACCCUGGCUGCCCUGAUGGUUGGUGCCCCCAGGGCACGAUACGGCCGCGCUGUGAUAGUUCGCUCAGCCCGCAGGAGAUAGCCGUUAUGGGAGAGCAUGCAGAUCAGUGCGACGGCGGCUGGUGGUAUUCCCGGGCAUGUACUGAUCGCGAUGUGUGCGUUCCAGUGGUCUUGGGGGAGUUUGACUGGAACCUGUUUGUGUGGAUCGAGGUCUUGCAGGACAUGCCAGUUGCACUAACCUGGGUUGGCUGGCAGAACGAGGUCCAGCUGGUGAGGCGGUUGCCCGAUUGCCGCUUUCUUUUCUAUUGGUGGAAACCUGAUGUCACCUUCCUCAACCUUGAUCCAGCUCCACCUGUGCAAGUCUUUUUCGACCCAGAGCUCAGCCUCCAGUGGGUGACCGCUCAACUCGUGAGGUGGCAACAUUUGGACGAAUUUGCUCCAGAGAUCGCCCGCUUUUUGCGUGACGCCACCUUCACGGAUGACGACAUGAGUUUCAUGACGUCCUUGCUUGCACAGGGUGCAAGCGACGAGGAAGCAGCAUGUGCCUGGCUGAAGAACAACACCAGGUAUCUGGGCUGGAUCCACCAGUCUGAAGAUGAUGAUACUCUUCUGAUUGCCCUCCUGUCGGCUUCAAUGGCUACGUGUGCUGCGCUGGUCCUCUUGCUGGUGCUGACUUUCCGUGGCUGGCUGUCCUGCCGCGACAGUCCCAGCGAUCCGGCCACCCUUGUGGGCCAAUGGACGCUGAAGUGGGCGGGCCCUCACGUUCAGGCGCGGCUGGACCGCAAGCAGAGUCCUGCGGACAAACUGGCCUGGAAGUGCCAGAGCAGGCAGUGGCUGAUCAACGCCUCACCCUUCGACAUAUUCUUCGACACUGAUUCACAUGGGCUGUUCCCUGGGCUUUCUUUGAGCUCCUACAACUUUGCUCGGAUUCUGUGGCGUGGCGGCGUUUUCAGUGUCACCCUUCGUGACAGCAGCGAGCGCUCUUGGAAGUUCCGACGCGAGGACCAGAAGUUCCAGAUCCACUAUGAAGACUGGACAAGGAUGUCUCCAUCAGGGCAGAGCUACAACGACCCUUGCGUGCGCCUGCCUCUGAAGAGUGGACACCUUCGAAUAGCGCGAAUGAGGUCAAAGUGUAUUUUGGUCACCUGGUCGCCCCCUGCUGUAAGCCGAGGAGUCCCUAUGACGGAGCUUCACCACUUUUUCAAGCGCGUCAUUGACCAUCCUCAGCUUGCCAUCAAGGAGGACGCUGUGGACGACUUCUGGAACUUUGCUGCAAGCUUUCGCAGCCCGGUCACGGCGCAGCAGGAUCCUACCCAAUCCAGGAGCUUCGAGCCGAGCACAGUCAACAUGUACCAUGCCCUGCCCCACGUUAUCAUUCCUGAAGCGGCAGUAUAUGAUGCCUCCUGGGCAGAGAUUCACUCGCGCUACGGCCCCGCCAAUGUCUUCGUGUCGCACGUGUGGGGCGAGACGGCGCAGAACUCCAUGGAAGCCUUGAAGAAGCUCUAUCUUUGGGUGAAGUCUCAACCUCGUGAGACUUGCCCUACGACUUUCCGCGCUUGGUUCUGCACCAUUUGCAACAACCAAAGCCGCAUCUCUGAAGAGCUGGGCACUGAAGUGAUGGAGUCGCCUUUCUACCAGGUUCUCAGUGCUCCCAGCUGCACAGAGGUGGGCCUGGUAUCCCCGCUGUUGGCGCUGAACCGAAAGUGGUGCAACUUCGAGUUCUGUCUGGCCAACAGCCUCAACAAGCCUGUCUGGAUGGUCACCAGCGAUGGUGUUGUGCAGGCGGGAGCCGUGCCACCGAAAUGCCUCAAGGACCUUGCAGAUGCCGUCUUGCACUUCCACUGCAAGGAUGCGGCCUGCUCAGUGCAGGAGGAUGAGAAGUUGAUUGACAACUUCGUGGACUCCAUGGGUGGCUACGACGCUCUCGACAAGAAUCUGAAGGACGUUUUCUCUGGAGCUAUUCAAAAUGCGCAUCGUCACACGGAGGAGGCAAUCAAACUCGUCCAGCACCUUCACAAGACCUCAUACGUACACUUAUGACAGCCUGCGGUGAACUUCUCCAGGAAGUGCCUGACUUGCAGUGCUUGGUAUGACGAGGUCCUUGUUGGAACCUGUCCAAUGACGUGAGGACUUGGAACCCGUCCAAGUCUUUCCGGUUCUUUGCACAUUCGUCUGCAUCGUUGAACGUUCUGUAUCCGAUGCUCCCGUGUUUCAUGCAGAGGAAUUCGACCAAUGCUCGGGAGGUCGAGCUUGGGUAGACGGACUUGCACCCACGCAGGAAUACUGUUUUGUGGCUGCAGGUUUCUUUUCUUUUUUCGUGGUCCUCAGGGCACGUUAUGGAACAUAUCGGAGAUCGUUGCAAGUUUUUUUUUGGCUGAGCUGGAAGUGGUGAUGCGUCUA